AUGGCAACCAUGAUGCCGCAGCCCGGUCACGGCAGCUUUUUGUUGGACCAAGGUCUGGGGAAGAAGAAGGCCAGGCGUGCCUAUCGUGGACGUGGCGGCCGCUCGAAGAAGAACAAGAUGGACCCUCAGCAAGAAGAGGCGGAUCAGGCCGACAACUUCGCAACGCUCCUCGCGAACGGCACCAUGUCAACCCCGCCCGCCGAAAAUCAGUCGAUUGCGCCGCGCACAACGACAACAAUAGACGCCGAAAAUCUAUUGUCACAGGCUGAGAGGGUUGCACUCGGGUCGCCACCUUCGCUUGCCCUUCACGCACAAACAACCAACCCACCGACAACCUACACAACUACCAAGAAGACGCCUUCGAUGGCUACCACUACCACGACCACGAAGGCCGUACCACCACAUCUACGGCCGAAGAAGUCUACACCACCGGCAUCUCAGCCAGUAACUCGCCACAAUGAUGGCGCCUUGGAGAUCCGCGAGAAACUGGCAUCACAUGGAGUGACCGUGAGCGAUCCGAAGCCUGCACCAAAGAUUGCCAAGUCAGUCGCAGCGUCAGCUCACCAAUCUGAGGUGUCCGAUCGACUCGUGUACAAGGGUCGUGGCUGUCGUCCAUGGGGUGGCGAGAGAAAUCCGAACUGGCCUACAAAGGAAGACUUCCCGAAGGUCGACCCAAAGCGCUGGGACACGAAUUGGGAUGACAAUGCUCAAGCACAGAGCUCCUCGGGUGAUUCUGCGCGUGCGGAUAGUGGCUGGGGAACUAACAAGAAACGUCGCGGUGUUGAUGCUGAUGGAUACAAACUCGCGGACCCAUGGAGCGGCCAAUGGGCACCAGCGCCUGUCGACUGGGACAGCCGGCCUGCCUUCCGCAGCGAUCAGAACGAAGGCCAAAUUCAGCAAUGGUUGAACUGUCAUGAGAUGAUUCUUGCAAAGAACGUGACUGAAGAGGAGCGAGUCCUGUCCACAGGACCAACCACCAUCGGUGGCACCACGUAUGCCUUCAAUCCUUCUGAUGAGGCCGUCAGUUCUGGGGCAGAACAGCCGAUGGGCGACAUGUGUCCAUCGUACUGGAUUCCUGUUGUCUUUCGCCGCAUAUCUCCCCAACAACAUUGGGAGGAGAUCUUACUGUCAACACCUGCUCCGGAAGAUAAGGACGACCUCCGAGACGUCAGGCCUUACUGGGAAACGCUUCCACGCGGCGCUCACUUCUUUCCAGUCGUCGAAUUCCCUGCGAUUACUGGUGUCGAUCCGGACGAGAACGCCAUGGAGAAAUUGAAGCGCGAGCACGACAUGGGCAGUGGGCAACAUGCCGAGAAUCGCAAGAAUUUCGAGCGUGCCAAAGCAGCCGCCAAGAACGAAAAGCAGCGACUGAAGGCCCAGAAGAAAGCACAUAUCACUGCAAAAGUUAUCAAGUCAGCUGGAAGCCUCAAGCAGGAGCCUGCUAUCAAGCCUGGGUUCAAGAUUUUCCUUCGAUCUGCCAAGCCGAUCGAUAUGCAGGCCAUUCGCGACAUUUACAACCAUUACGUGAAUGCAACUUGCGCCGUGCCAGAGACAGUCUCUCAGACUGAUGGCGAUAUGCUACGCCAAUACCACGACGUCUUGCGGAACAAGAUGCCAUUCAUCGUUGCGGUGGAGCGUGGUGGUGUGGUCAAAGCCCGCAAGAAGAAGAAUUUUGGUGAAGACCUUGUACUGCCGGACAAGGUCAUCGGCUUUGCCUUCGCCAACGACUACAAGAAAUCGUCAGAGAGCAUGUAUUGCUACGCAGCGUCUCUCAGUAUCUUCGUCCAUGUCGACCACCAUGGAAAGGGUGUUGGUAGUUGUCUCAUGGACAAGAUGCUGGCACUCCUCGAUCCAGGUCACAUUGAACGAGGAGGCUAUAAUAUCGAGGGAGAGGAGCUCGAAGCACUCGGUCCACCGGCGAGAGUGCUCAAGUCGAUUCUCAUCGAGUUUUCGCACGAGCAGACGACUCAAGGUACAAAGCGCCUCGCAUGGACUGAUCGGUGGCUCGCGACGCUGGGUUUUUGGCAGCAGGGUCUACUGUCGGAGAUCGGAAGCAAGUUGACGCACGCGGUCGACUUGGCUAUCUUCCAUCGCCGCACUGGCACGAGCGCCUGA